CCAGUGGAGAUUUUUCGUAAAGCCUAUUCGAAUCUUAAAAGGGAAUAGUAGAUCCGCAUCUAGACGCAAUUCGGUACAUCGUAAUAUCUCGGAAAGCUCUAGUGUAAAGGUUACAAGGCUACGAAAACUGUCAUAAGUUGUUAGAUGCUGAUGGAUCAUGAACAGCUUCAAGGCUAGUUGGUGUAGACACUCUUUACGCAUGGUGCCGUCUUCUACGGGCUCGCGACAGGUUCCGACAGAAUGGCUACGACGAGUUACGGAAGACCAAUCGGAACCACCGAGACUUUAUGCUUGGCGGCUUACAAACUUACCUGAUGGCGCAAAUUACGCCCGUAAACCGCUUGAGGUGGGAGAAAUACCGAACCCAGACAACGAGCGCCGUCGCAUAUACAUCCUAGGCGUCGGAAACAUCGGUCGGCUGUAUGCGAGCUUUCUUGCUAAGAAUGACUCCCGGCCGCCGAUUACCUUAGUCGUUCAUCGGAGGGAACUCCUAGACCAGUGGAAAGCCCAUCCGGGUAUCGAGCUGGUGCGCGACGGUAAGACAGAGCGAAACCCCGCGUUCCGCAUCGAAUGGUGGGCCGACGCUCAGCCGAUGCACGGCCCUGUUAGGGAACCGGGCUCGGGCUGCGGUAUCAGCAAUCUAAUCGUAGCCACCAAAGCCCCGGAUGCUAUCCCGCAGGUCGACCGCGUGAGACGGUAUCUCGACAGCCGGUCGACCGUCGCGUUUGCGCAAAACGGCAUGUGUAAGCUCUGGCCGCCGCUGGGAGAAGCAUACGUCGCGGCGCGGUUUGGCCAAGGUAAAGGUCCGCGCUGGCUUGCGUGUGUGACGACCCAUGGCGUCACGUCGCUCGGGCCAUUUCAAAGCGUCCAUGCGUCACCUGCGGACGUGCGCGUAGGGUCUGUAAUGGUGCGUGGUGGAGACGGCUGGGAUGGUAAUGAUAAUGACGGAGAUAAAGAUGACUACCUGGCCGAGCAGAUCGUCGGUGCGCCGGGGUUAGCUGCGCGGAGAGUCGCGACGCGGGAGUUAUGGGUGGCGCAGCUGGAGAAGCUGGUGGUUAAUGCGGUUAUUAAUCCGCUGACGGCGGUGCUGAGGUGUAAGAAUGGGGAGGUUUUUGAGGAGCGCGGGGAUGGGUUGGGGGGUGUGGUUGAGAUGUUGGUGGAGGAGGCGAGUCGCACGCUGAGAGCGCUGGUGGGACAUCGAAGUAGUGAGGGUAUAUUAUUUGCGCAAGAUAAAGAUGGGAAGAGUGGUGUAGUGACAAGGGCAGCUGCGGAAGAGCGUCUCGAAAGAACACGAGAAGAACUUCUAGAGAGAUUCUCUUCCGCGCGAUUGCGGACAAUGCUCUACAGUGUUGGCGAGAAGGUGGCGGCGAACACAAGCUCGAUGCUGCAGGACGUGCAGGCCGGCAAGAAGACCGAGAUCGAGGACUUCAACGGCUGGCUCGUGGAGACGGCGCAGUAUCUUGGCGAUGAGGGCGGACUGCCUGUCAACAAGAAGUUGAUUUCCCUGAUUGAAGACGGGGCGGCGCGGACGAGAGAUGAGUUGGUUAAAGAACUUCAAAGUAGUCGGGGCUAGGUUGGGUUGUAUGUGUGUGUCUGUGCACAUGAGGUUAUAUAUCAUAAUAACAGACAAACUUUCAUGAAUUAGGGCUGGUCAAGGGUAAUGGCGGUAGAUGAUGAGGUACUUUCGGCACUUCUCAUCCCCUUUUACCUAGCUAAACUUAAGAAGACGACGAAUACUAGGGGCUGUGUUUAGUUAACCAUAAUCAUAUACACUAUUCUUCUGGUAGAUUAGGUAGAGAUUUAAGCCCUUGACUUCUGCUGUCAAGAAAACUA